AUGGAUAACGUACAAUUACGCCCAACAACAAGUAUCAACUUACAAUAUCCUCAAGAUGGUGGGUCAAGAAAUGUUUAUGCUUAUGCCAAUAACCUUCAAGGAACUGAUGCUUCUUCUUGCCUAGCUGGUGCUAAUUACAACUACGUUCAAGAGUGCAAACCAUAUGUACAAUAUCAACAAUCAUUCAAUCAACAACCACAAACACAACACUACAUCAAACCACAGCAAUCACUGCAACAACUUCCAUCAAUCAACCUUUUACAAGCACAAGCGCCAGCGCAAGCCCCACAAGAUAUGAUUUACUCACAAUCUUCAAUUUCGGCUCCCAAUUUCAACUUUCUGUAUUUAGGUCAACAGGAUUAUACUACAAAUCAACCCUAUGUUCCUAUCCCCAACUACAUUACUGGUGCAAAUAGUAAUGGGAAAUUUACAACUAAUUCACAGCAACGUUUCCCAUUAAGCCCCGUUUCAUUACCGGAUAAAAACGCAUCAUUACCAUCAACAACGUCCUCGAUAUCUUCAGCCACGUCGUCACACUACAGCUACCCAUUACCACACCAACAACAGCAUAAUCAUCAAAUACAACAACACACUCUACCUGCGCUCAUAUCAGAAUCCGACAUUGACUAUUCAUCCAUAGUAUCAUGCACAAUAUCACCUUCACUUAAACGCAAAAGAAGAAAAAGAAAUGACAAUAGCGAAUUAUCAACUACUACUGUACAAGACCCCACCACUCAAGAAGAAUCCUACCCAUGCCCUUCAUGCGAUAAAGUCUUUCUCAAGCCAUAUAAUUUGAAAUCACACAUGCGUUCGCACUCCAAUGAAAAACCUUAUGCUUGUGCUCAUUGCAGCAAACGUUUCUGUCGCUCCCACGAUAGGAAAAGACACGAGCAAUUGCACAAGGGAGCUAAAAAUUUCAGUUGUCAAGGGUAUUUGAGAGAUGGUGUUACUAAGUGGGGAUGUGGUAAGAAAUUUGCUCGAAGCGAUGCAUUGGCACGGCAUUUUAGAACUGAGACUGGGUGGAUGUGUAUUAGACCGUUGAUGGAUGAAGCCAAGAGAUUAGAAGAGAGUGGUGGCAGUAAUAGUAAUAGUAAUAGUGGUGGUAGUGGUGGUGGUGCUGCUACUGCUGGAGCCGCCGAUAUGUUGCCUCUGGGUGCUCCAGGGUCAAUGACGCUGGCUAUGAGUGGAUUCAACGGUAUAAACUCAUUAACUUCAGAUUAUAAAAGCUACACUCAAGAAGAGUAUGAUAACUCAAAUAUGAUCAGGAGGAUGAUAAAUAAUAGAUAA